AUGGAUCCACUUGUGUUGACGCUUUUGUCCAUCACAGUAGUUCGUCUUGUUGUCUUAGUUGAACAAAAAAAUGUGAAGAGAGUUGUAGCUGCAGUAGCAGAAAUCGAAAUAGAUGAUCAUAAAAGAGAAACUUACGAUGGAAUUUCAGACCUGCAGGAAUGGCUAGCUAAUGGAUUAGGAAUUCCAUUGGCGAAAUUCGUUGAUACUUUAGCAAGACCUUAUAUGGAACAUAACACACAAUCGGCAGUUGUAAUGAAAUGCAUCAAUAGGGAAAAUCCUGAACCAAAAGAAUUUCGAAAACAAUUGAAAACCAAAAAUGAUGGGAAGAAGAAAAAUCGUUUCAUUAACGAAACUCUUCCCGUGGCAAUUUUAAUUCAUGGUUGGAGAUUCACCGAAUCAAAAUGGAUGAUGGAAAUGGCUAACGAUUACAUCAAGUACAACGACGUAAACGUUUGCAUGAUAUAUUGGGAGUCCCUGGCAUGGGGUACAGAUCUCAUACGAAUCAUUGAUCGUUCAAUACCACGAGCUACGAAACUGAUUUCCGGUUUUAUCCAAACCCUGAACGAAUACCAUGGAAUAGAAUUGGACGACAUUUCCUUAAUAGGUCACGGUUUGGCUGCACAUCUAGCUAGUUUCGUGAGUAAUCAAUUUGACAAUCAAAUUGGCGCCAUUUAUGCCUUAGAUCCCAUGGGUCCGCUCUUUACUGAACCAGUUCAAGACGAAUACGAAUAUCGCCUGGACAGAAGAGAUGCUAAAUACAUUCAAGCUAUUUAUACGUCUUCGAAUGCUCUUGGGUCUGACACGAUGAUGGGUCAUCAGAAUUUUAGACCGAAUUUGGGAAGAUAUCCACAAUUUCCUUGCAGAUUUAGAAAGACAGAAUUGGCUUAUGUUUGUAGUCAUGAGAUAGUUAUCGACUACUUUAGAUACGCUUUGAACCCGGAAAAUGUCUUUGCAGCAAGGCGAUGCGAUAGGAAUUUAACGAACUAUUUGAUGGAUAAUUGCAAGACUAAGUUUUAUGAUCGGAUGGGAAUUCAUGCUGAUCGGGAGAAGCCCGGGGUUUAUUAUUUUGAACCUUCGAAGAAUCCUCCGUAUGUUCCGUAUACUCUUGAAACUGACAAUGGUUAUUGA